CGCAGCUACAGACAUCAAGAAAUAAAAAGAAACAAAAAAUCUUUUAUAUUUCAUCUAGAUCAACCAACCAGUGGUUGUCUUGGUAUCAUGAUUGAUGUAAUGAACACCCCUGUUAUAGAUGUAGAAUAUAGGCUAAAUAUAGAAAACUACUCAAAAGUUUGAUAAUUUUAUUGCCCAGCCCUAUUGAUAACAUUGCAUUAAUCUCUCACAGCAGACCAAUAAUCUCAGUGAUAGAUAGUUAAUUUACAGGCUAUAUUAUAGACACACAGAAUCUAGUAAGCAGAAAGAUGAAAUUUAUCUCGAUAUGUUUCUUCAAAUUAGAGGCAGGAUUAAUGCUGAUAUCUGGCUUGAGCAAGUUAAACUCACAUGACACAGUCAAGAAAUUGGCCUUUUUCACUGCGAAAAGCCCUUUCAGGUGCUGCCGAGAUGUUCAGCUGUAAACUGUGCUGUGAGGCAUCCACCACAGUUGGCGCUAAAUCUGCAGCUGCUAUUCAAGUUUUUUACGAGUGAUUUCAUUUGAUGGGAGUCACGAGACUCUCUCUAGCCAAUCAUAUUGAUAGAUAAAAAUAAAAUUAGGACAGGGAAGUAGCGAACACAGACGGUGGGAAAAUAACACAGUUACAGCACUUAAAAUAUACUGAAGUAAAAGUAUACAUUAGUAUAUACAUUUUUAAACAACUUUACAGCAACGUGAGUAUUUGUAAUUUGUUACUUUACACCCCUGAGAGUAGUGAUCCGUCAUCUUCACAGAAGAAAUGUGGUCAGAAAAAAAUCCAAAAUGAUCGUUAUCGGAGAUCACUAAAACGCUUGGUGAAGUCACAUUGUAAAAAAAAUUGACAACAGAACUCAUGGCUAUGUUUAACAGUGAAUGUAAGAGCAUUUCCACACACACAAUGCAACGAUAAUUUACUGGUUUGGGACUAACAGCUGUUAGUGAGGCUAAUCAGAAAAAACUACUUCAAUUUUAAAGGGAGCAUAAAGAUUGGACUGUAGAUCAAUGGAAAAUGAUCAUGUGGUCUGAUGAGUCCAGAUUUACCCUAUUUCAGGGUACGAAGGGAAGCGCAUGAAGUGAUGCACCCGUCAUGCAUAGUGCCAAUGUACAAGUCUCUGGAGGCAGUGUUAUGAUCUGGGGUUGCUUCAGUUGGUCAUGUCUAAAUAAAAUGAAGUCAGCUGACAACCUGAAUGUACCGAAUGACCAGAUUAUCCCAUCAAUGGAUUUUUUCUUCCCUGACAGCACGGGCAGAUUCCAGGAUGAAAAUGCCAAGAUUAAUUGGGCUCAAAUUGUGAAAGAGUGGUUCAGAGAGCAUGAGGAAACAUCCACCACAGAGUCCUAACUUUCACCCCAUUUAAAGUCUUUGGGUUGUGCUGGAGAAGACUUUAUGGAGUGGUUCGACUCUCCCGUCAUCAUUACAAGGCUUGCCCCACAAUGUGUGAUGAAUCCACACCGCUCAGUGUUAGGCACUGGAAACUAUGACGUGAACGUGAUUAUGGCAGCUUUGCAGUGUCGGGGACUUGCUGCUGUUUGGUGGGACAAACGCAGGUCAGUACAAAAUUUGUGCCUGGACAAGAUUCAAGGCUUCAUUCUGAAUGUCCCAUCAAGAGUGUCACUGGGAAUUGUUUCUCUCCCACUGAGACGCAGACACUGGCUGGCGGUACGAGAGGUGAAUGGACAGUAUUAUAACCUAGACUCCAAAUUAAAGGGGCCUGCCUGUAUUGGAGGAGAAACAGAACUCAGGUCAUUUCUCAUUGAACAGCUUUCUCAAGAUGUUGCGGAGAUGCUCCUUGUCGUCGAAAAGAAAGUAGAAGAUGAUGGGACAUGGCUGAAGCCAGACGACCCAAGGAAAUGAUUUCUUGGAACUGCCCAUUUUCUCUCUCUCUCUCUCUCUCUCUCACUGUAGAGCCAAAUAAUUUUGAAAUGGAAACAUUUGGAGCACAGAAAGGCAUAAUAUAUGAGCUGUGGAGAGCAGCACUACAGGAAGAUUGCAGAUAGCGUGCUCCCAUUUAUUCACAGACACUCACACACAGGAAAGGAAAGUCUGAGAGAAUGAUCUAGUAUUUAAUUAAAGGGACAUCUUGUCUAAUGUGAAGGUACUGAUUAUUUGAACUCACACUGGCUGUGUGGUUGUUGGAAGACAUUACUAUAGCUGUUCCAGCUGCAUCAUUCUCUCUCUACUUUUCCUGUCUUUUUUGCUCUCUCUCCUCUCAGGAACUAUGAUCUCUCACUUUAUCUAUGCACUCCACUGCUGAAGUAGAUCAAAAAUAUGUGUCUUUGUUACAACUACGCACAGAAAUGGUACUCUAGUUACUCAAAGUUUGUAUCAUUCAUUGCCUCUUAGACAGUCAGUUUACAUACUACUAUGCAUAUACAAAAGUAAUAAGAGUCUUUAUCUCUCUUAUGCCCAUGUUCUCUGAUUUUUCAAACUGCCUCAUUCACAUCAACUCUGUGAAAACCGCCAAAUGGAGGGGAAAAGAAUACAUUUGAUUUGUGUUAUUUAUUAGAAUUUUUGCUUCCCCUUUGAAUGUUUUUGCAUAUGUAGUGCUUGUGGUAGUAUUGUAAAUGGAAGAGCUAUAUGAAACUAAAAGUCUA